AAUGGGCUUCUUUGCCACUUCUCGGAAACACGUAAGCAGAAACUGCGAACGAGAACUCACCUCUACGUAUAGAAAAGAAUGUCGUCCCAGCUGGCCAACGACCAUCCAGAACACGCUUCUUUUCUCCUACUGCUAUUUAGUGAAAAAAUCAGUGGCGUGGAAGGAACAAAACUCGAUGACGAAUUUCUUGACAUGGAAAGGAAAAUAGAUGUCACCAAUAAAGCUGUUGCAGAAAUUCUUUCAAAGGCCACAGAAUAUCUUCAGCCAAAUCCAGCAUACAGAGCUAAGCUAGGCAUGCUGAACACCGUGUCGAAGAUCCGAGGGCAGGUGACAAGCACCGGCUACCCCCAGACAGAAGGCCUGCUGGGCGGCUGCAUGCUCAAGUACGGGAAGGAGCUUGGGGACGGCUCCACCUUCGGCAAUGCGCUGAUAGAAGUUGGUGAAUCCAUGAAGCUAAUGGCCGAGGUGAAAGACUCUCUGGAUAUUAACGUAAAGCAAACUUUCAUUGAUCCACUUCAGUUACUGCAAGACAAAGAUUUAAAAGAGAUUGGGCACCACCUGAAAAAGCUGGAAGGCCGUCGCCUGGAUUACGACUAUAAAAAGAAGCGAGUAGGUAAGAUACCAGACGAAGAAGUCAGACAAGCGGUAGAAAAGUUUGAAGAGUCAAAGGAGUUGGCUGAAAGAAGCAUGUUUAAUUUUUUAGAAAAUGAUGUAGAACAAGUCAGCCAGUUGGCCGUGUUUAUAGAGGCAGCUUUAGACUAUCACAGACAGUCCACGGAGAUUCUGCAGGAGCUCCAGAAAAAGCUGCAGACACGGAUCUCGGCGGCAUCCACCCUGCCCAGACGCGAAUACAAGCCGCGGCCCCUGAAGAGGAGUCCCAGUGAGCUCAACGGGGUGUCUGCCACCUCUGUAGCAAAGUCAACAGGGAAUCCACGGCCAGCAAGGGGUUUGCAAAAGGAGUCUGUUUUAUGCAUCAGACUCGGGAGAAGAAAAUCCUGAUAAUACAGUGAGUUCUUUGGCUUCCUCAUCCAGACUGUGCGUGUCAGUGCUUCGUCCCGUCCUUCUUGGCCAGGAGCUCAGUCGCUGGGCAGAUUAAGUUGUUAGAAGGGCGAUGGUCAGCCAGAGAUCACAGAUGUGCAGAGGAUGGCUUUUAGGAAGGCUCCGUGCCCAAUAACGAGCUCUCCACUGCCGCACGCUCUACCGUCAGCCACCGUCAGCCACCAUCAGCCACCGUCAGCCACCGUUUGACAGUGGCCUGUCCCUCCUGUUUUCUCGGCUGCCUCUCCGACAUUGCCCUUGGCGGAAACUUCAGUCCCCAAUCCUAACGCUCGGCCUCGGGCUCCCUUGAUUUGUGGGUGGAAUUUGUGAGCGUAAAGGGGUCCGGGACUGUUUGUUUCGAAGGCACGGUUUCAAAAGAAAACGGCAUUUUAUGGCCCGCAUUAAUGGGAAAUUACUUUCCAUUAGGAUUGUGAAUGAUUUGCACAUAAUGUUUAUAAAGCGAAGGAAAAAUGUCAAGCAUUUCACUAACAAUUUAAAGCAACGCUCGUAGCACUCUGCCAGAAAUGAAUUCCAAGAACAUUUUCUUCACCGUUUCUUCUUUCUAAAGGAAAAAAAAAAAAAAGCAAGCGCGGGGGAGGGGUGGAUGACAGGACGCAGGUCAAUCAGGCAGAAGGCAUCCUGGGGCCGAGAUGGAACCUUCUGAUAAUACAUUUCCAGGUACUUCAGAGAAUGAACGGAAUGAGCCAAAAGUGGAGAAAGGGCUGGGGAGUGGAAAUCACAUCUCGACAUGAUGGAUUGCAGACGAAGUCCAAGUUCGGGCCCUGGCGAGGAGAAACCGCCGCCUAUCCAAGCCCGCGAGUGUGGGGUCGUGACGCUCCAUGAGCGCACGCUGGCCCUGUGUCCCUCAAGGAGAGAAGGAGGCCAGGAAAAGUCCUUGAACCGAAUUGUGUGCCGGGAUAGUUCCCAGAAAACCACUGGUUUUUCAGAAACUAGUACAAGGAACUGCUGCUUUAUGCUUAAGUAUCUUCCCUGCCCCGGGUCAUUUUUAUCAGGCCCCCAAGUUGUCACUUAGCGAAUUAUAAAUUUAAAGACUAGAGGGCAAGGUAUAGUUGCCAAUUUAUAUCCGCUCAAGGAUGUAUGAAGAUUAUUAUUUUUUUUCUCACUGAAGUUCUCAAAGAGGGUACCACUUUAUGUAAUCACACCUAAGGGUUAAUAUGCUCCAAACUGGGAUCGGCUUUAAAAAUGUGAAAGGCUGAGGUUAGGGAACGAAUGGGGGGGGGGUCCCCAACGUAUGCUCCAGGCGUUUCGGAGCGAGGCAAAAUAAAUCUCUCCAAUGGCUCAUAGAAAGACAUUCUACCUCCCUUUAGGUAUAAAGGAGACGUUUAUAAGUUUCUCGAUACUUCUAAGGGGGCUCAGAAAUAAAGUCUAGAGCCUAAGUCAUUCCCCUCGCUGGAGCCCAGUCUCUAGGAUUACAGAGAAAAUAAACAGAUAUUCAAAAGUGAAGUGUGAAGUUUGAAAAUUAAAAGGGACAAGCACUUUGCAAAUAGA